AUGUUGGACCGCACGGUCUAUGAUGCAGAUAAGACCCCUGACCUGCCAUUGCGGCAAGUGCUCGGGCGACAGCGGGUGGCACCUGAUCUGUGUAAGUUAGCGGCCAAUGCUGGACUGCUCACAGUGGAGACCUUUGCUAUGCUCGGAGACGACAUUGCCUCGGUCAAGGCGACUCUCAAGAGCUUGGUUCCGGAUGUCACCUCCUUUGGCACAGAUGGUCCCGCUCAGGAAUUGGCAUUGACCUCCUUGGCUGCAGUGUGGAAGACGUGCAGUACCAUGCAAGAUCAUUUUGCCGCUCGGCCGGCCAAGAUGGAAGAGGAUCCGUCAAAAGUGCCGGAGAUCCCUGGAGAAGACCAUGCCGAGUUCCGCGAGACCUUCGUCAAUCGCCACCCUGACGUUCUUUUGCCCCUCCAUCGGGAGCCACACCGCAAGUUCGUCGAGCGCGUCCAGCGAGACUACCUGGUGCAUGGUUUUGUUCAUUUUUACGAGGUGGGGGAGAUCCGCACCCGGAAUGAGCAGAUCGCCCAGAAGUCUGGCCUUUCCAAAAAUGCUGAAGACCUGCUGCGAGUGGUCAUGAUCGACCAACCAGCCGCGGCCAGUUCAGAGUCUCAGGUCAUGGACAAGCUCCACGCCUUCUUCAUCACGCUCGAGUACCUGAACAUUUGCGAGUUCACAGUCCAGGCGGGCCCUUUGAAGUACCUGGCUCAGCUCGAGGAGUGGCGGCAUGAGAAUCGCGGCCUUGCCCUUUUACUGGCAGUAGAUGCUUUGAUUCGCAAGAAGGUUCACCGGGUGAGCUCUGAUCAGCGAAAGCAGUUCACUACGUUCUCAGCGGCGCUCCUGGAGGUGCUCACCAACCACAAGCAAUUGUGGAACGAUGCUCGUUCCAGUGCCGAGCUCGACAAGUUCAAGCAGGCAACUUUGACACCAGCUCCGGUGACACCCAAGAAGCGACCUCGCUCAGGCUCACCUGAGCCCCCUGCCUCCACCGCCAAGGCCAAGAAGAACAAAGCCCGCAGAGCUCAUCAGAAGAACCAGCUCCAGAAAGCCAAGGCCGUGCUCGCUGGGACCACUCCUCCGGCGAAGGACGGGGCUCGCAAGCCUGCUCGUGAUGACCGGGAUGGUCUCUCGCCGCCUCCUGGGGAUUGGUCAGGUGAGGCUGGCACCGCGAAUGAUGGUCCGGCUGCCUUGGCGGCCGAUCGGACAGCGUUGCUGGGAGGGCAGCUCCAUUGGCCAGACUGGGAUCAGGUUUUGUCUGAUCGGAAGGUCUUGGGCCGCUCGGGGCCUUUCUUCCUGGAGCUGUUCGCAGGUGAAGCGGGGAUCUCCGAUGCAGUGUUUGCGGCAGGAGUUCCUGUUCUACCUCCUGUUGAUGUGGUGCCUUCGGCUCGGGUGACAACCCCGCGCGACUUGCUCGAUGCCCUCUUUUGGCAGAAGAUUUUGGAAGUGAUCACCUUAGGUUUGGUUUUCUUUUUGCAUUGCGGCACGCCGUGCAACACUUUUACGGCUGCUCGUAAGCUUGAUGGCGGCCCACCCCCGCUACGCUCUGCAGAUGCGCCGCUCGGCCUGCCGAAUUUGUCCGAGGCUGAUCGCAUGCUCGUUUUUCUGGGAAACUUAUUUUUGGAGCGCACGGUGGAGGCCUGCUACCUGGUUUUCAGUUUGGGAGGUGACUUCAUGAUCGAGAACCCUCUGCUCAGUUUGUUAUGGGAAACAGAGCUCCUUCGUCAGCUCGUGCGCCAAACUAGGGCAUUCGCUUUGGAUUGUGAUCAGUGCGCUUUUGGUACACCCUGGAUGAAGCCUACCCGCUUUGUGUGCUCUACGCAGCUGCUGGACGUUCUGUGCAUUCGGUGCCCUGGCACCCACAAACACGAGAAGCUCAAGGGCAAGGUGUGGGAUCCAGUGCAGCAGCGACUGGUGUUCAAGACCAAGCAAGCUCAGGUGUAUCCUUUCGUGCUCUGCGCUAGUGUCGCGGCACAGGUGUGCCACAUCUUUUUGCAGGAUUUUGUGCACUUGCAGCCGUCGUUUGGGCUCACUACCCCGAGCGGGGACCGCAAGCGUGCACUUGGUUCUGGCAAGCCGUGGGUUCGGCACCGGCAGGCCACGACGGCACAGAAAGCUCUUCAAGCGGGCUAUCAGCUGAAACGUGGCGCUUGCAAGCCUUUGCUGGAAGUGGAAAUGGAGCCUGGCGAGGCGAUCGCUUUUGCUCUUCGCCAAGUUCAUCCUUUUAGCCGUGCUGCGACUUUGCCCCUGCCGCUGCAGGCGGCCAUCCAGCAGGUGACAGCCGAUCCGGCGCAAGUGGUUUUGUGGCGCGAGCGUGCUCUUUGUUUUUGGCAUGCUCGUGCUCUGGCAUUGUUGCCCAAGUCCAUCGAGCUCAUCAUGGCCCAACCUGACGCGGCUCUUCGCCGUCUGUUGUUGGGCGCUGCUCAUCCUGAACAAGCUCGGUUGGGAGAAGUGUGUCAUGUUGCCCUCUAUGCAGAGAUGCUCGAGGCCAUUGGCUCGGUGGACACCCAUUUGCCGUCGCUUUUGCUGACCGGCUUCCCAAUCGUCGGGCCUAUUCAGGCCACCGGGCGAUGGCCUGCCUAUGAUAAGCCUCAGAAAGUUCUUCCGGUCCAACAUGCUCUUGACAGGGCCUGGGAGAUCCGGGCAAAGAUUGUUCAGCGUGUGAGAGGUGUUCCAGUCACAGAAAAUUUACAGAAGCUCUGGGACGCGACUUUGGAAGAUGUUGGCGAAGGCUCUUGCCUAGGUCCUUUUGUCUCUGAAGCUGAGGUUACGACGGUGCUCCAGCAGGAUGAUUGGAUCCCCACUCAGCGGUUCGAAGUAGUGCAAAAGAACAAGGUCAGAGGUUGUGAUAGUGCCACAACCAAUUUGAUCAACCAGAUCACCGAGAUCACGGAGAAGUUACAACUGCCUUCAACGGACUCAAAUGUUGCUGCUCUCCGGUCGCUCAUUACUGCUGCUCCGGAGCGUGAUUUGCAAGGCUGGGUGCUCGAUGAGAGAAAAGCAUACAGGCAGAUUGCAGUGAGACCAGAUCAGCGGAAAUUCUCUGUUAUUUGCCUCAAGUCCCCGUGCUCGGGCAAUCCAGAGUUCUUUGUGAUGGUUGGCCACUCUUUUGGGCUCGUGUCUGCAGUCUACAACUAUAACAGGAGAUCGGCGGCGAUCAAUGAGAUCCUAGUCUCCUUGUUCAAACUGGUCGCUUUCAGCUUCUACGAUGACAAGUAUGGCUUUGAGCCUGCAGUUUCGGCUCCCAGUGCUCGGCGUGUUGCAGAGUCCGCACCUACAGUUCUGGGAGUGACCUAUAACUUGACCAAGUUGCAGCUCGAGAUCAAGGAGGAGAGGAAGAAGGAGUUGGUCGAGGAAAUCGACGCCAUUGUUAGCUCUGGCCUGCUCUUGUGGGGAAAGAUCGGGCGUGCGUUCUUGCGACCCAUCUCGGAGCGCCAAUACUGGAAGUUCCCUCCUUCAGCAGAGUUCAACUUGGAUCGCCAGCUCAUGGAAUCGCUGACACAGUGGCGUAAGCUCGUUCUGGCGGGCCCGCCGCGCUCCAUUGAUCUGGCACGCGAGAAGCUGACUGAUGUGGUGAUCUUUACGGAUGGCUUCACACCAGACCCGAGAUCCAGUGAGUCCAGCCCGGACAGGCUUGUGGAUGCUGAUCUGAUUUUGCUCAUUGACUCUGAAGCUGUGGAGGGAGCCUUGAUCAAAGGCUACUCCAGUCGUGAAGACAUGCGAAGCAGCAGGUUGGUCUACUGUCCGCCCGAUUUGGCCUUCCAUGCUCAGAUAAGUGACCGUUCGCCCGUGUGCCAUUUUGGACUCAAAGAAGAGAUCAUCACAGCCCCUGAGGAAUUUUUGACCCUCCCACCCGCCCUGCAGAAUACGCAGGGUGGGUGGAGCUCCAUCGUCCACCCACCGCUUUAUGAUCGUGGUGGGGAUUGGAGUUCACUGAGUGUUUUGCAUUCACCGUAG